AUGGACCUUGACUUAGUGCUUCGUGUGGAUGAACCAUCCGUCCCCACGGAAUCAAAUUCACCCACUAAUAAGGCUUCUUAUGAGCGGUGGGAGCGAUCUAGUCGCCUAAGUUUGAUGCUCAUUAAGUCUUGUAUCAGUAAGGGCAUCAAGGGUUCGAUCCCUGAUUGCCAUAAGACAAAGGAUUUCAUGAAGGCCAUAGAAGAGCAGUUUAUCAGCUCUAAUAAGGCAUUGGCUAGCACCCUGAUGAAAAGGCUUUCAAACAUGAGGCAUAGCAGUUCUAAAAGUGUGCGUGAACACAUUAUGGAGAUGCGUGACAUUGCUGCUUGA